UAGGAUCUGGGCAGUGACUGAUGUGCGGUGAUUGCACAUAGUUUACUGCUUAUUCACUGGUCUAAAAUUUGCAGACAGUUGUCGUGCGUGUGUGUACGAGAAUUAGAAAGAAGAGACGAUCAAAUUUGUGACCCGGACUUUUGGAACCGUUAGUUGCGAGCACGCGACAAAGUGCAUUUUCCGUGCGCAGAUCCUCGCAUAAAGUCUAGGGGAAAAGAAGUGAUUUCUGAUCGUUUGGUUCCCAUUGUACUUUAGAAAAACGUAGCUUGGCGGCGACCCGGAGCGGGGUUGGAUGUGGACGACAUAAAAAGAAAAGGAGUAGUGAGAGAUCUGAGCCAGGGAGGCGGCGAGGAUGGCGACAGUUGCUCGAGCGCCGGCCGGGAUGAAAGGUCAUGCUCCACUACCACCGCCUCAGCCAGCUCCACGCAAGAUCCUCACUGCUACUCAAAAUUGUAAAGUUAAACACAAAGAUCAGAAUCCUGGAGAGAUGAAAGAAAAUGUUUUGCCUGGAACAGUGGACUUGUUGGUUUUCUUACCAAAUGGUGCAGAAAAAACGGUUGAAGUGAAUGGGAGUAAAGCAGUGAUGGAUCUCUUGAUUGAUCUGUGCAGCCAAUAUCAUUUAAAUCCAACUCAUCACACUCUUGAACUGCAAUCCAGAGAGACGUGCAAACCAUUGGGCUUCAAGCCAAAUACUCCAGUCGGAGUUUUGGAUAUAGACAAAGUGCUCAUAAAGCAGAAAGUUAUUGAGGAGAAGCCAAGACGACCCCCACCUGUAGUGCCUGAAAAAACUGUGAGGUUGGUGGUGAAUUUCCACAAGACACAAAAAACUGUGGUACGCGUCAGUCCAUUUGUACCCUUGCAAGAUCUGCUGCCAGUUAUAUGUGAGAAAUGUGACUUCAAUUCAGAUCACCUUGUACUUCUGAGAGAAAACAUCAGAAGGGAAAAGGUAGAUCUUUCAAAAUCGUUAAAUGAUUUGGAAACCCGGGAAUUGUAUGCUCUGGAUACGAGCAGAGAGUUGAGUCAAAGUGCUUCAAUACUCACUGGCAUGAAUGAAAAGGAAGAAAAAGGGCUAUUGGACUUUUUCAAAAUUGGCAAAAAGAAAACAAAAGGUUAUUCAACAGCGCCAUCCACACCAACUGUUAACACACGAUCAACUAUGUUGAAUCCAACGCUCUCUACUAACAACAUAUUGAGAAUGGCUCAAAUGACAGAUGUAAAGAAACGCAGAGCACCGCCUCCACCAACUGUUCCUCCAGAACACAGCAGCAUAAAGAUUGCCAAUCCAAGUGUGCAAGAGCCUGGUGCUGAAACCCAAAAUUCUAUGCAGAAGAAACGACGUGCUCCAGCCCCACCAUCUCGUAUACCAAAUAAAUUAGACGGAACAGAAUUUGAAAGGAGCAAUACUUUUGGUAUUACUGGACGUCAGGUGCCAUUUAAGCCUCCAAGAGGUGCAUCGCCAGUGUCAGACAAACUACGUAGUCCACCCCAGUUAACGAUUCCUCCUCCCCCACCAUACCCACCUUCUGCAGACAGUGAGAUUGUCAACCAGCCAGGAAUGUCACCAGAGUAUGAUUUCACUAACAUGGUGCCUGAAAUUACUGAACAUGGUGAAUCGAAGCCUGAAUCGGGACUGGGAUCAGAACAAGAUAGUGCAGUUGGUGAUGAUACGGAAAUAGAACCUGAAGAUAGGGAAGAAACCGCAUCAGUAAGGAGUAGUGACAGUUGCCACCAAAGUUUCUCAGAACACACUCCAACAUCAGAGGAUGAACUAUUGAAUGCUGAUGACUCUGGGACUGUAAACACUCAAUUUGCUGUAUCCUUCUCAGUUUCUCUCACUGGCAGCCUCAGUUUGAACAACAAAAUAGAUACUAAUGAGAUCCCAAGUGCCUCAAGUAAGGUAAGUGGCACAGAAGAAUAUUCAACAUGGUGUCGUGAUCAGUCUUCUGAAGAAGAAUCAAAUUCUGCUGGGAACUACAAUAUCAGCUCUGGACCUAACUGGAAUGAAGAAGCUAAGAUCUCCAUUACAGACCAGGCAUAUCUAACCUUAGCAGGAUUAGAUGCAGAAUUAGCCGCAGCUGUGCAAGAAUCGGCUAUAAAAAAAUCUUCCACUUUGUCUAACGUAAUCACUGAUGAACAAGAAUCUGUCCCAGUGACAAUCAUUGAUGAAAUAUCAUGGACUUGCCAGGAGGAAAUUGAAGAGAAAAUAUUACAGGAAGAAGUACUGGAAUCUACAGAAGUAAAAGUUCACGAUACAGAUAGAAAUCAGCAAACACACUCAGAAACAAUGACUGAAACUUCAGUAAUCAGUAUUCAAGAACAGUCAUUACCUGAUGUUUCAUUUGACACAUUCUAUCCUGUAAAUUUUCUCAGUUGUCCAGACAUCAGACAAGAGCCCAUUAAAAAAACAAUGGAAAGUUCACAGGAAAAGAUGAAUGACAUCCAUGAUGAGAUAAUAUCAGGAGAAAAUAAAUUUAAAAUGAUUGUGCCUGCAACUGAACUGAAGUAUGAUAUGCAGGUUGGAGGAAAUGGUAAGAAAGAUGUGCACAACAUUCCACCAGUGUUGGUUGACCCAAUAACCUUAGAAGCUGAAAUAACGAAGAAAAUCCAUGCAGAACAUCUGAUUCAGGGUCAGGAUUGUUCACCAGCAAAUUAUGCUCCAGAACACAAGCAUACAUCAGCCAGGUGGUUAAAUACUGCCAAUAAAUUUACCAAUGAAUGUAUUCCAAAAGCAGGUAUGAGAACAUUCACAGUUAUUCCGCCACAGCCAAUUGUAAAUCCCAAGGGAAGAGUAAGCUUGUCAUUAGCCACAAACGCAAUGAAGAUUGAUGAUCAAGGCAAUUUAAUACUUGUUGAAAUCAGAGAAAAAAAAGACAAAAAUACUACAACAGCAGCCAGUGACAAGGAAUCACGUUUAGAACAAGCAAAAAUGUUCUGGAAUGCAAAAUGUUUGGAUAAGGAUAAUCUGUAUUGUGCUAACCCAAGUACAACUAUGGCAAUAAAUGCAACUGGCUGCACAGCUGGUAAUUUUCAACUGCAAGAGACAGCAAAAAAGUUGACAAAUAUAUCCCCCAAAUCUAACGCAGUUACUGCACAGAGUACAGCUGCCAGUAAAAAGUCACUUAAAACCUGCUUGCAUUCCAAUGAAGAAAAACCAUUUUUGUCAGUUAUGCCAUUGAAUCAAAAAAUGGCAAGUGUACUGGAAAGUACCCAUCCUAGAGCAGAGAGUAAUUUUAUCAAGCCCUGCAGAAGAACAUCAAGUCAGUAUGUUGCCUCAGCAAUUUGCCGCUACACAGGCAUGCAGUUAACAAAAACUGGAGCUGGAAAUGAAUCUAAUGUUCAGAGUAACAGUGGACUUGACAGUAAAUCUGAGGAUAAACAUAAGUUUAGACCUGCUGAGGAGAAGUCUUCUGUGAAUCUCUUAAAAAAAGGUUUCAUGGAAAACCAACAGAAGACAGGGUUUGCACUCCAUUCCAACGCAGAAAAUGUUGAAAAAAUGACAGAACAUAAGGAAGCUAAAGCUGUUCCAUAUCAGAAUUCAAUUAUUAAAGAUGUGUCAAAUCAAACAGACUCCCUCAACAAAGUUACAUCACAAUCACAAUCUUCCCAGUUACUCAUAAAGAAUGCCUUUUCUGCUGACCAGCAAUGUCCCACUGCAAAUAAACAGAUUCCACAAAGUGAAGUGCAUUCACCUUUUGUGAAAGAAGUCGUGACUUCCACUGUUCCAAUUAAUCAGUCAUUUAGAGCAUCUGUGACCUUUGCAAUCAAUCCAAUUUCAACUUUAUUUUCAGAUUCUAUUAAAAGUCAUGAUACUGCUAUAAAACAAGGUGAUUCAUGCGCCUCGGAUUUGCCUGCAAUAUCUACUGUCGCCUCUUCAGGAACUGAAACAGUAUUUGUGAUGCAGUCAGAACCUUCACCUUCCUUUCACACAAAUGGUUUCAAUAUCAAACCCAGUACCAACAUGUUUGGGCCUGUCAAGAAAUUCAAACCCAUCGUUCAGAAGCCUGUACAGAAAGAUGAGUGCUUACACAGUUCUCUAAUGGAAGCUAUCCAAUCAGGGCAAAACAAAGAACGGCUUAGAAAGAUUUCUGAUACAGUGAUAAACAGUAACCUUAAAAAAGAUUCACUUAUUGCACCAGAGAAUGAACACUCUGCACUUUUGGCAUCAAUUAGAGCACACAGUGGAAUUACAAAACUGAAAAAGACAACUUCUACAGUAUCAAAAGAGUUACAGGACAUAAGGGAAUAUUCUCAAACAAGACAACCAGCAACUGCAUCUUGUGCUCCUCCUUCUGCUCCUCCUCCAGAUUUUCCAAAAACUGAGAAGUUCAACACCAAAUCUGUUAUGAAUUUAGAAGAGGCACGAACUGCAUUAUUAGAAGCAAUUCAAUCUGGCACUGGUGCAGCUCGCUUAAGAAAGGCUACAGGAAUAAAGGACAAGGAGUGCAAUAAACUCAUAAAGAGAAAAGUGAUGUUUGUAAGAAAUGUCGAAGGGCACCAUCACAGCCUACUGUCUCCAUCCCAAGAAAUACAGUGCAAAUCAGUGGAAGGACACGUUCUGUACAAAAAUCAAGCUGCUCAAGCCCAUACAUUUCCUAAUGAACAACAAUGUUGGAAGUAAUCGCUCAAUGGCCUUAAAAUGUCAUUCAGAAUACUUUCAAGAAUACAGAAGAAGUGAUAGAAACAAAUAUGUAGCGAUAGAUCACAGUUCUGCAUUAUGUAAUUUUUUGUGCAAAUGAUCUAUUUUAAGUAGAACUCAAUAAAGCUAAACAUCUACUUGAUCUUUACCAAUAUAUUGAUUAUAUUAUGGAUACUUCCAUUGUAAGUACCUGGACCUCUUGCUUAAUUCAUACAUAGUGAAUAUUCUGCAAUAAAUUUUCACCAAUUGCAGUGAUCUCAAAACAUAAGCUGAUAAAAUAUUAUUGAAUGGUAGUUCUGGGCAUCAAUCUGUGCUAAUUCUGCCAAAAACUAUGUUCUCUUUUAGCUUUUGCAAUUGCAGUCUUUUCAUUGAAUUCAAAUUUCAUUGGAAUUUAAUUAAAGUAUUUGCAUUGCCAGUACUUACCAAGUAUCUAAUGUAAACUAUAACUUGCAUUUGUUAAUUUAGAUUAUAUGUUGUAAUCUUAAUUUGUAUUUAUCUAGGCUCACUGAAUUUUUUUUCUUUUGACAAAAUGAGAUUGAAAACUUGUCCUAUAAGUUUACAUUUGAGCUAUUUUCUAUGAAUGGUAUAUAUGAUUACUUGCUGGUAACCUAAGAAAUAAUAGAUAUGACUUAACUGUCUCUGAAGAGGAAAAGAUGUAACUGAUUCUAUUUAAUGUUUACAUAAUUAUUACUAAAUGUAAUUUGUGCCAUAGCUAAAAUUUGUAUGAUUAGUAACAAGACCAUUGUCUUAAAUGACAGUACAGAAUUUUUGUUUUAUUACAUAUGCUUUUGUUGCAGUAAGACAUUGAAAAUUUUAAAUACACAAAAUAAAAUCUUAGCCAUACAUUAACACUCA